AUGAGCGUUUCUGCUGCGCGGACCCACCGCGUCACCGUCUCGUCCAGGCUCGUGCUCAGCAGCUCGAGAUCCACAUCCGCAUCGCGCCAGCUCAGCACGCUUCGACCCAUACUGGCCCAACGACCAACCGCCAACGUCCUCGGCAACGGUCGCAAUGCUCAAUCAUCUAGGUUGCGCCCACCAGGCCCCUUGCUAUCGAGCCGUACGCUUGCAUCAUUCGUGGGUCCUGCCGGCGCGACGCCAGAACCAAAUGCGCUGCAAGUGACCGAUCCGCUGCUCAUCUACCGCGCCAAGGUGGCGCGCGGCGAGCUCGAGGAGGACGAGGAACAGCUUCGCGCGCUCGUCGAGCUGCGACGCAUCAAUCGUACGCUGCGCGACUAUGUUCCGCCCGCGCAUCUGCUCGGCAUCCUCAACGACGAUGCGCAGUCCGCCUCGUCGGCUGCGCUCGCCUCAGCCAUCGAUGCGCGUCUCCGCCCGGGCGCGCGCGAGUUCCAGGACGAGCCAACCUCACGCCCCAGCUCCGGAUCGCGCAACAAGAGCGAGAGCAUCGGCGAGCUCGUCAAGUGGCUCAGCGAGAGCGAAGGCCUCGCCGAGCUCGGAACGCCCAAGGGCCUCCUCAUCACAGGCACACCCGGAACGGGCAAGAGCAUGGUCAUGGACAUCUUCUACGACUCGCUGCCGACAAAGCACAAGUUCCGCCGCCACUACCACCAUCUGCUCCUCGACCUGUACAAGAUCAUCUGGCAAGAGGCGGAGCGUCGCAGGCUUGCCGUGAGUCAGGGCAUGCCCAGGCCCACGGCGACGCCCGAGAUCGGCGGCGCAGUGUGGAUGCGCGACCCGCGCGCGCAGAACAAGGCGUCCGCCUGGAGACGCGCGCUGCGAGGCAUGCCGUUCUUCCGACCAGACUCGCUCGCAGAUGACGCGUCCGCACAGCUCCAGUACAUUCCCGGGCCGGACGGGGAUGUGGUCAAGACCACGCUGCCGCUGCAUGCUGCCGCGCAUCUCUUUCUGAAUCACGGCCAUAUUCUGCUGUUCGACGAGAUCCAGCUCGUGGAUGUCGCCAGCGCCGGUCUGCUCAGGAGAACGCUCGAGGCGUACUGGCGGCUUGGAGGCGUGGUGAUCGGCACGAGCAACCGCAUCCCAAAGGAUCUGUACGCCAGCAACGUGCAGCGCGGACAGCUCACCCAGUUCCUCGAGAUCCUCCAGGAGCGAUGUCCCAACCACGAGAUGCGUCGCAGCCGCGAUUUCCGCAGGCAACCGUUCUAUCGCCAGGAAUGGCUCGACCGCAACACGGCCGAUGCGCAAGACGUUCAAGGCGCAGUUCAGGCGGAGGUGCCGGCACAGACGUCGUACUUCCUGCGCAGUGAGGCGGACAAGUUCAACGCGCUCGUGCAGGAUGCUGUGGCGGGGCGGAGCGAGCAGCCUGCGACGCUCAACGUGUAUGGCCGCAAGCUGGUGGUGCCGCGUGCGAUCGCGGCGACAGAUCAGAUGCCGAGCGUGUGUCGCUUCACGUUUGCAGAGCUGUGCGACUCGCCGCUGGGCCCGGCGGACUAUCUGACGCUCGCCUCGAGCUACCACACGUUUGUGCUCGAGGGCGUGCCGCAGAUGACGCUCAUGCAGAAGAACCAGGCGCGCCGCAUGAUCACGCUGCUCGAUGCAGUGUACGAGGCCGGAUGCCGACUGAUCGUGCUGGCCGACGCUGGACCCGACGACCUUUUCUUCCCCGACGCAGAGGGCGCAGCACGCCACGCUGCACGCGGACCAGCCGCCGGGCCGGGGGAUGUGAGGCCCGAGCUGCACCUCGGCGCCGUUGGGACGCACGAGGACGUGGUGGACAUGUCGACCAAAGGCGCGCGUUCGCCGUUCCUCACGCCUCCGCCCGGCAAGGGAUACCCCGAGGAGGAAGAGCUCGCGCGACGCAAGGCGGGUCAGCGCGUCGACUUUAGCCAGGACGAGUUCAUGACCGAAUCGCUCAUCAUGGCCGAAACGCUGUCCGAGGCAAUGCAGGAUACCGAAGAGGGCUUCCGUCCCAACAUCUCGGCCUACUCGUCGGAGCGGCCGUCUCGCUCCGCCGCUGCUGUAGAUGCCGACGUGGCGCAAAGGCGCAAGGACGACAAGGCGGGCUUCAAGCACCUGGCGAUCUUUAGCGGUGAGGACGAGCGGUUUUCGUACCAGCGUGCCGUGUCGCGGCUGUUCGAGAUGAGCCAUCCGGACUGGAUGCGGCGCAAGGGGUGGCGGCCGUUCCUGUCCAACGAGAUGGCGGCGUGGGCGGGCACCUCGCAUGCGCAACAAAAAGUGGCCGAGGCGGUGGGCAAGGCGGUGGUGGCCAACGAGCUCAACGAGGCGCAGAGGCAUUUGGAGCGGGCCGAGAGCGCGGCGAGUGCGACAGCGGGGCUGUCGGCCGAUUCGCCGCGGUUCGAGGAUCCGAGUGGGGAUUUUGCGGACGAGGCAUCGUACGAGACCGCGACGUUCCCGGGCCGGCGAACGGCGCAGACGCGCCUCGAGAGGGAGAUGGAAGAGUGGACGGCCAAGAAGCAGCAGCGGGAGAGUGGGAGGUAUGCGGCGCCUGAUUUUAGCCCGGGGCCGAUUGGGAAGAAGAGGGGCAGGAACGAGGGUCCGCCCGUGCUGGCCGAGGCGCACGUGUGGGGUGUGCGCGAGGACUGGGGUAAGAAAGCGGGUGCGUGGGGUCGUGGUAGCGCCGUGUUUGCGGACAAGGAAUCUCAGUCGUCGGAGUCCGGCUCGAAUCCACGCCCGCGGGCACAUCCACGUUCGACGGGCGCAGGUGGUGGUGGUGGUGGACGACGAGGGUUUAGCACGAGCGCACAGGCACAUGCCCGUGCGCUGGACCACUACAGCACACUGCAAGUGGCGCGCGGUGCAACGCAGGCGCAGAUCAAGGCGCAGUUCUACAAGCUGUCGAAAGAGCUGCAUCCGGACGUCAAUCCGAGCGACGAUGCCAAGAAGCGCUUCCAAGAAGUCAGCGAAGCCUACGCCACCCUGGGCACGCCUGCAAACCGUCGUAGCUACGACCGACAAUGCUCUGCCCCCAGCGGAGGAGGAGGAGGGGGAGGUGGGGGGUAUGGUGAUAAUGUGGGGCGGGGGUAUGCGUGGGAUGCGGAGGAUAAUGCGAAUCGACGUGCGCGCGCCACGUAUGCAUGGGACUACCAACGACGACGCAAGCAGCAGGACCAACGAACGUACGGUCGACAGGCGAGCAUGUACACCUCGGACGAGGCGGAUGCGUUCGAAACGCUUGCGGCGCAACAACGUGCGCGCGAGGCGAGGAACCGGGCGAGACAGCACGGAAGCGAGGCAUGGAGCAGCGCAGAAAAGGAGUACCAGAGCGACGUCGCCAAUCCGUUCAUGCGCUUUGGACAGGUGGUCGUCAUGCUCUACCUCGUCUGGAAGGCGGGUACGUAUUUUGUAGACCACCCCACCUCGCGCAGGCGAUCCACGUCGUAG